GGGGCGGCCGGGGGCCGGCGGGGGCAUGGAGCUGGGCCCGGGGCCCUGCGCGCUGCCCCCGGCCGGGACCGGGACCGGGACCGGCACCGGUUCGGCAGCCGGGGCGAUGGCGGCGGCGGCGGGUCCGUGCUCGGAGAUGCUGCAGGUGGCCGAGGAGGCCUUCCGCGGCGGCAACUUCGAGCUGGCGGCCGAGAUCUACGGCUCGGAGCUGGCCGAGCUGCCGCAGCCCGAGCGGGGCCUGUGCCUCCGCCGCGCCGACGCGCUGGCUCGGGCCGGCCGCAUGGCCGAGGCGCUGGACGCCUACGGCGCGGCGGCGCGGCUGGCGCGGCUGCGGCCCGACGAGCUGCGGGAGCUGGCCGAGAGCUUCGCGCUCAGCAUCCGCGACAAGGAGCUGCGCCUGCCGCCCUGGGGAGGCGGCGGCGGCGGCGGCGGUGAUGGCGAGGGGCUGGGCGACCCUGCCUGCUGCCGGCCGCCCGAGCUGUUCGCCUGCCCGCUGUGCCGGCGGCUGCUGUGCGAGCCGGUGACCCUGCACUGCGGGCACACCCACUGCCGCCGCUGCGCCGAGCCCGGCGACUGCGGCCGCUGCCACCGCCCGCGACGCCCCGCCGAGCCUUCCUCCGCCACCUCCGCCGCCGCCCCGCCGUCCCCAGCCGCCCGGCCGCGGGUCAACGUGGUGCUGGGCAACCUCCUGCAGAAGUGGUUCGCCGCCGAGAGCCGGGCCCGGCGGCUCCGAGCCGAGGGCGACGCGCUGCGGGAGCGCCAGGAGCUGCCGGCCGCCCUGGAGAAGUACAACGAGGCGCUGGAGAUGGCUCCUUGCAAGUGUUCACUAAUAGCACAGCGAGCAGAACUCUGUACGUCAAUGAAAAACUACCAGCAAGCUCUCCAUGACGCGGACGUCCUCUGCCGAAACAAGCCCCACUGGCCUGCGGGUCAUUAUGUGAAAGCAAAAGCUCUUUCUGGAUUGGAAAGGACUGAGGAAGCACUGAAGGAAUUUCUCUAUUGCGUUGCCUUAAAUCCUGAAUGGAGCUCAAUGAAGAAAGAAGCCCAAAAGAUAAUGUGUGAGAUGUUUUUCCCAGCCUUUGAAAAUGUGCAUGAUAGUCUAACAGCACCUUUCUCUAGUCGAACAUCCCAUACGAGAUUGAAACCUGCAUUUUUGAAUAGCAUAAACACACAGUCAGCUGCUGAAGAUAGCUCUAUUGCUGGGUCCUCAAAGGAUACUGUGUUCAGGUUAACAAAAAACCCGUCCCAAGAAUCUGAUGUAUUUAGAAGCACUGAUUCUCCCGUUGCUCAUCAUGUACUGGAUCGCUAUUUUGAAGACAAGAAGAAGUCUUUGGGAGCUAUUCUCUCCAGUUUACCUGGGGCUGGCUUGAAAAGAAAGCUGUCCAGUGAUAUGAGGGAUUUACAAAGCUUGGAUGUCCCCAAUAAGAUCCCUAAAAAAGAUGCAGAGGUUUUACCGGAAAACACGGUCAUCGCUUCAAGCGAGAUACCAACAACUCUUGUUGACGCGUCAGACUUCGAGUGUUCCCUCUGCAUGAGGUUGUUCUAUGAACCUGUUACCACUCCCUGUGGACACACCUUUUGCCUCAAAUGCCUUGAGCGUUGCCUUGACCAUAAUCCACAUUGCCCACUCUGCAAAGAAAAGCUGUCAGAAUUUCUGGCGAGCAGAACUUACAAAAAGACCGUCCUUACAGAAGAACUGAUAGUCCGUUACUUGCCAGAGGAAUUAUCUGAAAGGAAGAAAGUUUAUGAGGAAGAAAUGAAGGAAUUAUCAAAUUUGAAUAAAGAUGUUCCCAUCUUCGUAUGCACCAUGGCUUUCCCUACCAUCCCUUGCCCGCUUCAUGUCUUUGAGCCUCGUUAUCGCCUAAUGAUAAGAAGAUGCAUGGAGACUGGUACCAAACAGUUUGGCAUGUGCUUAGCUGACGAAUUGAAAGGAUUUGCAGAUCAUGGCUGUAUAUUAGAGAUCAGGGACGUAAAGUUUUUUCCUGAUGGGCGCUCAGUUGUUGAUACAGUUGGUGUCCGUCGUUUUAGGGUCUUAAGCCAUGGCCAGCGAGAUGGAUAUAACACAGCAAACAUCGAAUAUCUUGAAGAUAAAAAGGUUGAAGGACCAGAAUAUGAAGAACUUGUCCGCCUUCAUGAUUCAGUUUAUGAUCAAGCUGUUGCCUGGUUUACUUCUCUUAAAGACAAUAUGAAAGCGCAAAUUCUCAAUCAUUUUGGGUCCAUGCCAGGAAAAGAACCAGAGCCGCAGAGCAACCCCAGUGGUCCUGCCUGGUACUGGUGGCUCUUGGCAGUGUUGCCUCUAGAAAACAGAGCUCAGCUGGCGAUAUUGGCUAUGACUUCCCUUAAAGAUCGUCUUAUCGCCAUCAGACGCGUAUUGAUAUUUGUGACUCGCAAAAGACCCAGAUAACAUGGACUUCAGUUGUGAGUGAGCACUGAAAGCAUCUCAUGACAGGUUGUUUGGGGGGGGGACAAAAGGGGAGGGGUUGUUUUUUGUUUUUCAAAGAUUCUUUCAAAAAUGAACAGCCCUUUCUGACUGUGUCCAGCAUCCAUCAGUUGCAUCGGUUUGUUAUUCUGGGUAUCCACCAAACCUUGCACUCUCUCCUGUUGUCCUGGUGAAAUCUGAGCCUCUACAAAGCUGUGCUACAGUUAGAACGUAGAUGAUAGAUGUGGAUAAUUGCUUCAAAGUACUAUGAUAGAGUUAAUAUUUCUAGCCUGUAAGAGAGUUAAGUACUAGAGUAGCACCAUUGGCCUACAUGUGCUUUGGAUUUCCACUUAGUAGGAAAAGGAAGCUCGACAGUGGAUUGAAGAGGUGUUUCCUAGACUUUCCUGAAGGCAGUGAACAGAAGAGGAGCUGCGCUUCGCGGUGGAAGUAUGCAUGAGGACUAUAACGAGCAGUAUGCUCUGUUAGUGAACUGGUAGGCAGUCUGUCGUACACCCACAUCUCUCUUUUUCAGGAAAUAGCAGUCUGUGAGGAAAAAAAACCUAAGCCGUUUGUGGUCAAGGCAUCUGAGGAUGUUUAUCUGAACGAAUAAUAGCUACUGAAUAAGUAUACUAUUCAGUAGCCUUAGGUAAUCCCUUGUGUUGUGAUUUAUGUGUUGUAGUGGAUUUAGUAUGUACAAAUGUCUGGAAAGGUGUACUUUGGUUUAUUUGAAAAAAAAAAAAUCAAAGUAAUCCUAGCUGGUCUUAUCACUAAAUUCAAAUCAAACCAGCUCCCUAAAGUAUGAUGAACGCUGCUGUGAAAUGAUGAUUUCACUCCAAGUACUAGGAAGGCAGACUGCAGUUUUCUUCAAAUGUGUUCUGCAAGUGGGACUGACGAGGAUAAAACACAAUGUCCCAUUUGCCUGCGGUGUCAUGCCAACCUCAUGUUACGUUGGAAUGAUCUCUGUUGAACGUGUUUCAAACCAAAAGUAUUGUAGUUUAGUACCAGUUGCUGUAUGUGAUGGAAAUCAGUACGCAAUAACACCGUGAAAGGAGGUGCAAACCGAACACUAUAAAGGCAAGUCUCAAUGCAAGCUCAAGUCAGGUGUUAACAUUCAUUUGUGUUUUUGAUUUUUAUAUAGUGUUUUGUUAAUAUCUUAAUUUUCAUAGCUAUGGAAUUGAUCGCUUGUCAGUCAAAUGAUCAACGUUCACUCAAUUGCCAAUGAAAUAACUAACAGUGUUACCAAUUCAAUUGGCAUAGUUUCCUAUAAGUAGAAUUGUUACUACCAACCGGAGAGAAGUUGACUUGAAUCUCAAUGUGCUGCAAGCGUAGCAAGACCAAUUUAAAAACUUGUUCAUGUGCAGAAGUCUGGUAACAUGAAAUGGCUGUUUACCUAGAUGGUCAAAGUGCCUGGUUUCUUUUUUAGUUCUUUUGUCCUUAUUUGUCAAUGAAGAUGUAUUUAAACUUUUUUUUUCAAUUUGCACAUGAGUUCUGGAAGAAGACUGCAUUCAACUGCAGUAAUUAAGUAAUUACCUGUUCUCUUUGGGUAUUGUAGUUAUAACCUGUGUGGUCUGGGAAACAAAAAUACAGAGUUUUUUUCCUUUCAGCAAGUGGCUACCACAAAUGGUUUCUGUAACAUACCCUGAAUGUACUGUAACUGCCUCUACCUUGAACACGCCUUUUCUAUUUAAAUAAUUUGUAAGUAUAUUCUCUGAAUUGUGAAGUGCAUAACUUACAACCAAUGAUGUAAUAACCUCUACAGUAGCCUUCUGCAAGUUCUGCUACCAUCACCAAAAUACUAAAAUUCAAGUUGAGUGCAUUUCCUCCAGGAUUUGAAGAUGCUGAAGAGAAAGCAUUGAAAUAUAAAGUAAUUUUCAGAGAAUUGCUCUAUGCAUGAGGGAGGAAAUGUCAGAAUUCAGUAGGUCUUCAGCCCACUGUCAGUUCAGCUACCGAAGGGUGGUUUUACAAACUAAUUCUCAGACCAGAAGAUGGACUGUCUGAUCUUGCAAUCCUUUCUGUUCAACUUCCUGUUCUUCCCAUCCCUUUCCAUGCUGUGUAUUUCUUCUAGAUUCACUCAUCUCGUUCCUUCAUGUGUGUGGCCUAGUUUUGAGUGUUAAUAGUUUGGCUGCAAGGGACACUGAUGGUAUUUGUAUAUUGCUGGUCCCUGAUCUUACAUGUGCUUAAUUUUGCUUUUAGGAGUGCGUUUAAG